AUGACAUUCAAAUUCUUGAAUGAGUUCUUGGGAGGCUAUGACACUGUGGGAAUCACCGUGGCAGAACUUAGGAAUUAUGUCCAAGGUCUGAAAACUUAUGUCGAAGGUUCUGAUGCACAAAUGUUGUUAGAUGAAAUGGCGAGGAAAAAGAAGGCAUGUCCUGAUUUCACAUAUCAUUAUCAGGUUGGGAGUUCAAUUGAGUUGAAAUCGCUUUUCUGGUGCGAUGCAUCUAAGCGGAAUUAUCAACUGUAUGGUGAUGUUGUCUCCUUCGACUCCACAUACAAUACCAAUAGGUAUUGCAUGAUAUUCUCUCCCUUCACGGGCAAGGACAACCAUGGAAAGCCAGUCACAUUUGGAGCUGCACUCUUAUCCAAUGAGACGACAGAAUCUUAUUCAUGGCUCUUCAAGCAUUUUGUGGAAUCUAUGGGUCAAGCUCCUAAGAUGAUUGUUACUGACCAAGAUAGAGGUAUGAGAGCUGCUAUUCGUGAUGUUUUGGUGGAUACAAAGCAUAGAUGGUGCAUGUGGCACAUUAUGCUUAAACUUACCAACAAAAUUCCAAGGAGAUCUCUAGAAAAUGAAGAGUUGAAAAAAGAGAUCAGUGCUUGUGUGUGGUCUGAGGUACUAGAGCCGGAAGAGUUUGAUGAUUCAUGGAUGGGGAUAAUGGAGCGUUAUGAGCUUCUUCAUGUCGAGUGGUGUGUAACAAUGUUCGACGAUAGAAAGAUGUGGGUCCCUGCCUAUUUCAGAGACUUUCCCAUGGGGUCUCUUAUUAGGACGACGUCUGUUUCCGAGUCUGAGAAUAGCUUCUAUAAAACAUUCACGAGACGUCGCUCCAAUCUAGUUGAGUUCAUCAUGAAUUUUGAUCAUGCAUUGGAUGCACAAAGAAAUUCUAGCUCGAAGUUAGAUUAUAUGGAUUCAACUAUUAUACCACCGUUCUCCAGUCAGUUAGUAUUGGAAAAACAUGUUGCGACAAAGUGCACUGAUCACAUGUUCAAGAGAGUGCAACGUGAGAUAGUGGACGCAUUGCACCAUUGUAGCACUGAUGGUUUGUUGAAAGAUGAUUUGUUAGAGAUCUCCACAAUAAAGGACAAGUAUAGUAAAUCUUGGGUUGUUACCUACACGACCAGUGAGGAUUCGUAUUCCUGUUCUUGCAAAUUGUUUGGGAGAGAUGGAAUUCUUUGUAGUCAUAUAUUUUUGGUUUUCAAGAACAGGUUUUUGAAGGUUAUACCUGAUAAGUACUUCCAUUUGAGGUGGUUGAAGACUACCUUAGCUGAUGUUAUUCCAGGACCAGCUCGAAGUUUGGGAGAUCCUGAAAUUCUAUCAGAUCCAAACCAGCUGUCAAAGAAUAAAGUUGCUGACAUAUUUUUCAGUUACAUGAAAAAAUUUGAUGGUGAUAGUGCCAUCAUUGAUUUGUGUCUUAUGAGCUUGGGAAGAGUCUUAUGA